UUGACCCGUCAUUCGGACGCGAGAAGCGUUAUAGUGCGGUCGGCGUCAAGGAUAUCAAAGGAUUGCAAUUUUUAUAAUAUAAAUUAUAGUAAUAAGUGAUGGAAAAUAGAACGGACAGCCCUUCCAAUGUGGCGUGGUAUUCUAAAGGAGUUGUGGACUACGUAGACAACUGGUUUCUGAUGAGCUCCCCAUGGCCAGUGAUAGCAAUAUGGCUGGCGUACAUCGCGUUCGUACUCAAAUUGGGCCCUUCCUACAUGUCGAAGCGGCCCGCUUACCAACUCAAGAACACAUUACUUUUAUACAAUAUAGCUCAAGUGGUGCUGUCUGCCUAUAUUUUUAACUAUGGCGUAGAUAUUUUAAGAAGCUGGGGACUUGUGAGCACGCAGUGUGCCACCGAAGGAAAGGAUUCACAGCAUUAUAUUUUACGCGGAGCCUACAUAUACUUCCUAGCCAAAGUAUCAGAACUUCUCGACACAGUAUUCUUCGUUCUCCGAAAGAAGACGAACCAAGUGACAUUCCUCCACGUAUACCAUCACUCUCUAAUGAUGCUGAGUACCUGGUGUGCCAUCAAAUAUAAUCCGACAGAUGCUGUGGUGUUUUUGGGGACUAUUAACUCUCUGGUACAUGUGGUCAUGUAUGGGUAUUAUGGGUUGUCGGCGUACCCUAGCCUAGCGAAGUAUUUGUGGUGGAAGAAGUAUAUAACGUCGUUUCAGCUGAUCCAAUUUGGACUCAUCACCAUACAAGUCAGCCUAAGCGCCUUAGUUUCAAAUUGCAAGACAUCAUACGUCCUGUUAUUCACCAUAUUCUUCAACUUGGGUCUGAUGAUAUAUCUGUUCCGUGAUUUUUACAUUAAGGCAUAUACUGUAAAGAAAGUUACUGUAAAAUCAAAUGAGAAAAAAGAAGUGGCUGAAGACAAAAAAGGCUCCAAAGGUUACAUAACUUCGAUAAUUAAUGAUGGUUCUGAUCAAACAAUUAAAAUUAAAGGCAUGUGACGAUAAUAUAGAGAUUAUUUUAGUUUAAUAUUAUUUAUUGAUAAGAAUUAAUUAAGUAUGUACUUAAUAAAUUGUGAUACUAAGCCUUU